UACAUCUUCUGUCUGACAUAUGAAGCCUUGGGAGGAAAUGAAACUGGAUUGUACAGAAGGAGCGGUUGAAAAACAUUGUGGGAUUUCUUUCUUUCCUUUUCUGAUGUUUAAAAACUUGGGAGCUGUUUGGAGUUUCUUUGCUGGCGUAAAAACUAUUUUGGAGUUUUGCAUAUACACGUUUUUCAGGUGCAUGUGGUGCGCACGGAAGGAUGCUGCUGCUUUCGCUUAUACAAUGGAAACGAGGAGCACUUUGGCAGCCGUGCUUUUGCUUUUGUUUCUACUCUUUUGUCCUACUUUCAGCCAAGAACUUAAUCCCAAUGGUCGGAAUGUGUGCAGGGUACCAGGGUCUUCAGGGUUUGGGUGUUGCAGUGGAUGGGCAGAACAAGGAGACGAGUGUUCAACACCUCUCUGUAAAGGCAAUUUCACUUGCAAGGAGAACGAGGUGUGCGUCCGACCGAAUAAGUGCCGUUGCCGUCAUGGAUAUUUCGGAGUGAGCUGUGACACCAAGUGUCCUGCACAAUUCUGGGGUCCUGACUGCAAAGGCGAAUGCACGUGUCACCCUCAUGGCACAUGUGAUCAGGAAACUGGCAAGUGCACGUGCCAUACUGGAUUUUGGGGCCCGCACUGCAGCAAAAAAUGCCACUGCAGCUUGAACUCAGUGUGUGACCAGGCCACAGGACGCUGCCUUUGCGCUCCGGGGUGGUAUGGCCGCAACUGUGGUGCCCAGUGUGCCUGCAAUAACUCACCAUGCGAGCAGUUCACCGGUCGAUGCCAAUGCCGUGACCGUCUGUGGGGUACGAAUUGUGAACGCUAUUGUCAGUGCGUGCAUGGAAAAUGCAACCAGGCUGACGGCUCCUGCACCUGCAAACCGGGCUACAGGGGCAAAUUCUGUAGGGAGCCAUGUCCUGCUGGGUUCUAUGGGCAGAACUGCGGGAACAAAUGUGGUCACUGUAAGGGUCAGCAACCAUGUAAGGUCACAGAAGGACGGUGUGUUACAUGCGAGAGAGGCUGGAAUGGCACCAAAUGUGAUCAGAUGUGUGCACCAGGCUUUUUUGGAGAGAACUGCCAAGACGAGUGUCCACCCUGUAAAGACGGCCAUUACUGCAACCGCAUUGAUGGGAAGUGUUCCCACUGUAAUCCCGGCUGGAUCGGAGAUCGCUGUGAGGUUCGCUGUUACAAUGGCACUUAUGGGGAGAACUGCGAGAAUGACUGCAGCCAUUGCUUUAAUGGAGAAUGUCACUUCGCUACAGGACAGUGCCUAUGUGAUCCGGGCUUUUAUGGGACUUUUUGUAACCUGACUUGUGAGUCCGGCCACUUUGGGGUAAACUGCGCACAGACGUGUCCUUGCCGCGAUAAAAGCUGCGACCCUGUGUCUGGAGACUGUAAUCUGUGUCCGAUGGAUUUGGUCUGGAGCGUCGUGCGCUGGUUGUCGCUCGCAGGGCUCCUGGUUGCUGUAAUUUCAACUCAUCUGUGCUGCAGGACCGAGUGGUGCAACGUUUAACAGGAAUCACUGCUUUAUGAAGCCUAGAAACCACAAAUAUGACAUUGUUUUUUUUUUCUAUACAUAGAGGAUUCGCCUCAGGCUUUAAAUAACCAUAGUUCACUUCCUUUUUUAGGGAAGUAGACAAGUAUAGCCUACAUUUACAUUAGUGCAUUUCGAAUUGACGUUAUUGGCACAAAGCGUUUUUUAUGUUAGUCUUAUCCAACUUUUUCACACUUCUUUAAGGAGUAUAUACAUAUACAGUACAUUCACUGAAAUGACCAUAAAGUUAACAUUUGUCAAUUUUACGCAGUUUGUUGAACUUAACAUAAAAAAGUACAGUAGUAACACUAUUUCUACGUUAUAUCCUAUUUCUUUCCCCUGCAAACAUUAAUUCUGGUUCUCGAUGAAAAGAAACAAAUAUACUAGCUGUUGUUGUGUGUGCAAAAGUUUGUACGCCCCUGUUUGUUGUAAAGCCUUAAAAUCUUAAAUUCGAUCAUAAUUGACUCACUUACUGUAGAACUCGUCAGUCGGGUCAGGGAUUGUGUCAUUAUACAUAAUAUAACACAUAAUACAUUCUUAAAGUACUUAAAUCCUGUGCUAAUAUUUAUUGACCUUUUUUUGUUUUGUUUAAAUAAACUUCUUCAAUUAUUAAACUGUAUAUUAAAAAUAAAUAUGUAAUAACAUAACUGUUUUCUUGUUUCAGGAGUGUGUUCCAUGCAGAGAGGAACAAUCUAUUCCAAUAGUUGACGUCUACUUUGUAUAUAAAGUUAAAAAAUGAGAGUGUGUGUGUACUUUUACGAGAAGAGAUUAUUAUCUCAGAUUAUGACCAAAUAACAUUUGUUAACCCUGUAGUUACAAAAAGUAGAAAAUGUCCCUGUACCUUAAACGUUUACAUAAAGUGCUCUGAAAUGCUUGUAAGGAGACGUUUUGAUUUGAAAUGCUUGUUUGGUUAUGUUGUAGCUUUCCCAUCAGCUCUGGCACGAUAUAUACAAUCCGGUGUAAAAGUUAGUGCUCCCUCUUUUAAUUUAAGGCAUUUUUUUAUGUAAAAACAUUUUUUUUUAAAUAAAUCAAAUACAACCCCCAGAUGAACAACAUAUAACUUUCUCACCAUGCCAUUAUUGAAGCUAAAUGAAGCCAAAAAUAAUAAAAUUAUAAAAUAAAAUGAUGUAAACAAUAAUAAGUACCCCAUGAUUCAAUAAAAGUAAUUAUUUCCUGUCUCAUCGAUUUGGUCCAUUCGUUGUAUUUGUCUGAGCAUUGGACCGUCUGACCUUGGGGUGAGAUGCGCUGGGACGUCCACUCCUGGAAAGAGUGGCAACUGUCUUCAAUGUUUUUCCCACCUAUUUUCAGUGGGGUUGUGUGGACAGGGAAAACUGAGAUUUUGGCUCGCUGUAACGUCACCUCGUGUGCCGAUGAUGUCAUUGUCUGUGUGCUAGUCUGCAUGAUGUGACAGCAGCAAUGACAGGCUUGCGU